AUGGCCUUCCACAAGUUGGUGAAGAACAGCGCGUACUACAGUCGCUUCCAGACCAAGUACAAGCGUAGACGCUCCGGCAAGACCGACUACUAUGCUCGCAAGCGCCUGAUCACCCAGGCCAAGAACAAGUACGGUGCCCCCAAGUACCGUCUUGUGGUCCGCUUCACCAACCGGGAUAUCAUCAUGCAAAUUGUCACCUCCGAGAUCACCGGUGACAAGGUCUUCGCCGCCGCCUACUCCCACGAGCUGCCCGCCUACGGCAUCACCCACGGCCUGACCAACUGGGCUGCCGCCUACGCUACCGGUCUCCUGAUCGCCCGCCGCACCCUCUCCAAGCUCGGCCUCGACAAGACCUUCACUGGUGUCGAGGAGGCCGAUGGUGAGUACACCCUCACCGAGGCCGCCGAGACCGACGAUGGCGAGCGCCGCCCCUUCAAGGCCAACCUCGACGUUGGUCUGCACCGCACCUCCACCGGUGCCCGUGUCUUCGGCGCCAUGAAGGGUGCCUCCGACGGUGGCAUUCUCGUCCCCCACUCCGAGAAGCGCUUCCCCGGUUACGACAUCGAGACCAAGGAGCUCGACGCCGAGACCCUCAAGAACUACAUCUUCGGCCAGCACGUCGCUGAGUACAUGGAGACCCUCGCCGACGACGACGAGGAGCGCUACAAGUCCCAGUUCCAGCAGUACAUCGACGACGACGUCGAGGCUGACGGCCUUGAGGAGCUCUACUCCGAGGCCCACGCCGCCAUCCGUGAGGACCCCUGGAAGAAGCCUGAGCGCUCCAACACCAAGUCCAAGGAGGAGUGGAAGGCCGAGUCCAAGAAGUACAAGACCCAGCGCCUCACCAAGGAGCAGAAGGAGCAGCGCGUCAAGGAGCGCAUUGCCGAGCUCCGCGCUGAGUAA